ACACACCACUCGAUACAAUUGUCUGAAGACCAAUGAUUGCUCGUUCGAAUUUCGUAUUGGAAACUAAACAGUGAAAUUCCAAUUUACAUUUAAUGUUUCCAACUCUGGAAUCCAUACAGAAUCAAAUUGAUCGAUUCGUCUGUUGAUAAAGUGUAUUGUUGAGAGAUUCCUCAAGACGGAAGAAAGAUUCUACGCCCUGUCGUAAGAGGAUCCAAAUACUGUUCGUGGAUCAACACAUUGAUUAGGAGGGUGCGUGGGAGGCAGAAAAACGUCUAGAACACAUCUUGCGGGCGCCAGGCUGCUGUCGGUUUAUCGAUUUAUUAGAAACAGUCUAGGGUGUGUGCAUAGCUAGCUAAAAUGGUUAAACUGUAUGCCGUGAGCGUCUUCUUCAAAGCUCCCAAUGAAGCUCGGUUGCUGAAAUCGGCAUAUGAUCUGCACAGCUUCUCUUUCUUUCAACGGGGUUCGGUACAAGAAUUCAUUAGUUUUGCGAGCAAAACCCUCGUCGAGCGUACCCAAGCAGCUACGCGACAGUCCGUUAAGCAGGAUGUCUAUAUGUGCCAUGUUUACGUUCGAGCGGACAAUUUGGGUGCAGUGCUUAUAUCCGAUCACGAGUAUCCUCAUCGAGUGGCACACACUCUGCUAACCAAAGUCCUAGACGAUUUCAGUGCUAAGAUCAGUUCCGAUCAGUGGCCUUCAGGGAACGAAUCCUCAAUUGAUUUCACCACACUGCCCGCCCUACUCACGAAGUAUCAGGAUCCACGCGAGGCGGAUGCGCUCACUAAGAUGCAAGAAGAUCUAGAUGAAACGAAGAUCAUACUUCGAAACACCAUUGAAGCCGUGCUGGAAAGGGGCGAGAAACUGGACGACUUGGUCUACAAAUCGGAAUCCCUUUCAAUUCAAAGCAAAGCGUUCUAUAAAACGGCUAAAAAGACAAAUUCGUGUUGUAACUUUGGUUAGAAGCACAAAAGAAGUAAAAAAAAAUUGUUAUUGGCGGCCGUGUUUCAACCCACCAAUGAAGCAGUGACUUCAGAGAGAACGGUGAAGUGUUGCAUCUUGGGGACGUGUUCGUGUUGUAGGUCUGCAUUCGUUUAGAUGAGAUUUAUUCCACUAGCUUUUUAUUAUUUAAACUGGUAUCUACAAUUCUGUAUUUGUUUUAUGUAAUUUCUUUGACAUCUCAUUGAAAGUGGUGCAGCGAUGAAGAGCAAUGCAAUUGUGUAAAUGUUAAAAGUAGCUAUGUCGAUCUGACCGAGCGCAGCGAAGCCUAACGCGGAACGUUCUGCACAUUCAAACAUUAAACAUAUAAACUAAUGUCGGUUACAAAUAUUAUCCAUCGUCUAUUGUAGAUGGAGCUUUACACUGUGUGGAUGCAUAUUGUUUUCUAUGAGGCCCAGCAGUAUGGGGAAAGUCGAACAAUAACUAUUAAUAAAAUUAAAGUUACGUGAACAUGAAUAAAUAUAAAUAUUGACUGUCGUGA